AUGUUGGAAAAGAGGAGGACAUAUGCUGGAAAAUUUGGAAGAACCCCCGCGACCGAUUUGGGGAAAAAAAAUAGAAAACUUUUUCUUCUUCUUCUAGUGCGUAGAAAUAGCAAAGUCGGUAGCCUUUCCUCACUAGCGACACCUCUGUUCAGGAGAAGACUGCAACUAGUGCCGCGACCUUGCGCGUGGUGUAUCGCUCCCGUUGUACGUUGUCGCGCGACAGUUGGUCUGCGGCUGGGCGCGUUUGUCCUACAGAAGGCAGUAGUGUCCUACAAGAAGAAGAAGAAGAAGAAGAAGAAGAAGAAGAAGAAGAAGAAGAAGAAGAAGAAGAAGCACCCACAGUGCUCUUCAUUCUCCAAGAUGGCGGUAUUUGCGUGGCAAUAGUAACAUAAGAGAGACGGUGAGAGAGCAAAAUGUUGGCUACCAAAACACUGUGCCAGUGUCUACCGUCCUGCUCAAAUCACACUGCGGAUGUCAGCAGCUUCUGUUUGAGUUGAAAUGUGCUGAUGGGAAGAAAAGCAUUUGAAGUACAUUAACUUCCACUGAUAAGCCACGUCAUGAGUUCCUCAGAAAAGUUGAAACAGACCGACAAGAGCAUACCUCAUCAGUGUCCAAUGUGUGGGAAGUCUUUCAGUCGGAUCUGUAGUCUAAGAAGACAUGAACUCACUCACACUGCAGAGAAACUGUACUACUGUGAACAAUGUGGCAGCAGUUUCAACCAACUACAUGCAUACAAGCUACACCUGUGUACCCAUGCUGAAGAAACACCAUACUGCUGUGACCAGUGCGGGAGGAAUUUCGGCAGCCAAAGUUCAUUUAGAAAACACAUGACUGACCACACUGGACCAUACCAGUGUGACCAGUGUGAAAAGACUUUCAGUUACUUAAGUAUUUACAAGAUACAUAUGCGUGUCCACACGGGAGAGAAACCAUACAGCUGUGACCAGUGUCCAAAGCGUUUCAGUUUUUUAAGUUCAUACAAGCGACACCAGCUUAGCCACAGUGGAGAGAAACCGUACCAGUGUGAUUUUUGUGGAAAGAGUUUUACUCAGUCAGGGCAUUUCAGUCUGCAUCUGCGUAACCACACUGGAGAGAAACCAUAUGAGUGUGACCAAUGUGAAAAGACUUUCAGUGACUUAAGUAGUUAUAAGAUACACAUGCGUGUCCACACAGGAGAGAAACCAUAUUGCUGUGACCAGUGUGGAAGGAGUUUCUCACAGUUGGGUAAUUACAAAUCACACAUGCGUAUCCACACCGGAGAAAAACCAUUCCGCUGUGAGCUAUGUGACAAAAGUUUCUCCAUUUCAAAAACGUAUAAACAACACUUACAUACCCACACUGGAGAGAAACCGCACCAGUGUAAAGAGUGUGGGAAAGGUUUCGGUCGACUAAGCAACUAUAUGCGCCAUCUUCGUAUCCACACUGGAGAGCAACCAUACAGCUGUGACCAAUGUGGCAAGUGUUUCAAUAGUUCAUACAGUUACAGCCGACAUCUGCGUGUCCACACCGGAGAGAAACCAUACUGGUGUUCACAGUGUAAGAGACUAUUUACUCGAUCACAGUCCUUAAAGAACCAUCGCUGUGUUGAAGCAGAGGAAGACAGUCUGACUGUAUCUAAUAAAGAAAUACAAUUGAGCUGCUCCCCAACAAAACCCAAAAGUGACAAUCAAGAACCAACAAAAUAAAUCAGUGUGUAUGUUCAUGGUAAUGAAAGAACAUGUCACCCAGUGUAACGGUGUGUCAGUGAUGUUUUUAAUAUGGUCUUUCCAUAGGAACUUCACACAUUAAGUCAAAUAUAGAUUAUAUCACCAUCACUAGAGCUGAAAAAAUAAUGAAAUAGCACAAAGUUAUUGAAUGACACUUACAAAGUGAGUUAAGCCAUUUUAUCUUGUGUUUUGUUUUUUCUUCUUUUUUUCUUACCAUUAACUGCUAAGUUUGUUUGCCAGUAUUAAUCACAUCUAAUGUUAACAUUUGUUACCAAAAUUUGUUAAUAUUGAUUACUCAAAAGGACUCGGAUUACUAUUAUGAUACCAUUAAGGCUCUUACAUAAUGAUUCCAAAGUCAGGACUUGUGUGUAAGGACCAGCCAGUGUAGGACUGAGCCCCAGUCUUCCUGUUAAGGCUGAGGUUCUUUGCCUUUUAUCAACUACUCAUAGCAGUUUCAAUCCAUUAAUUUGUGUCCAUCAUUUGAGAACACAACCCUAUCAGGAUACUAUAGAUUCAUUAAAACAACAAGAACUGUCCUUUGUGAUAAGAUUCAAUCUGGAGGAAUAUAGCUUUGCUUUUUAGUUAAUUCUAAGUUUAUUUUAGAUGUUAAGAAUAUUCUUAUUUAAUAGAUUUGUGUGAGGUAUGUUUAGUUGUUAUUAUUUAAUUCUCCGUUGUUUUAGUCUUUAAUAUUCAAAUGGGAAAAUAUGCCAAAAAAUGGAACGUUAAUGAUUAUGUACCAGCAACAAAUUAAAGCCUCUUUGGAAACUGGAAAAUGUCUUACUUUGCUGUCUGCCAGAUUGAAACAAUGUACAGCACUGGAAAGCGUAUUCUCAUGUCAUGGUCUUCUGGAUCAGUGUAGUUGUAGUAAGGUGCGUUAGAUUUAGCCACAGCAUUUACAAUACUGAUUCUAUGCAGUUAUUUUUGUAAAAGUGUAUGCUAAUAACAGAUCUUUAACCUUGUCACAUGCUUCACGUUUUUCAUCAAUCCAGAAAUGUCUGCUUCAUCUCAUUAAUCACAAUUAGAAACUUCCAUUGUUCCUGCUCAUCCUUGGCCUUCCAAUGUAUAGAUAAUGAGGCUGAUGUCCAGUAAAAAUGACAUGUGAAAUUCUAGGUAGUGACGGGCGGAUGAUAUCUUAUUGAAGCAUUCUUCAUAUUUGUGCUGCAGCACAGUGACAUCUGGUACUUUGUUGAACUUACAGCUGCCCUUCAAGAAUGGAGCUGAACAAUUUUUGUCCAGCAAGCAAAUAUUAUUACUUGAUUAUCAGGUGUAAAUGUUCUGUAUAUUCUCUCUUUUAAUUCUAUGGUGCCUAUCACAUGUUAGUUGCAAAAUUUUAAACGCUUUGGAUGUAGUCAAUCAUGCGGUACUAUUCAUAUGACACAAGUUGUGACAGUUCACAGGCUUCUUCACAGGAGUGAAACAAGCUUCUGAGCCUCAACAUCUUCUGGCCAUCUCUAGUUGUAAGUUAAGUUAAUUUAAGUUAAGUGUUUUUUUGUUGAAAAUGAUUCACUGCCAAAUAAAUUGUUGAUGGCAAGAUCUGUGGAUUAUUAUGAUGUGUAAUUUGUCUAACCCACUGCAUGUUUAAGUUAACCCUGUAUGUUUGUGGUUUGUACUAUUUGAGUUGUUUUAAUGACCUUUUUAAGUUUAAAUGUUACAAAAUGCAAGUCACAACAGAAAUUUUAGAUGUGUGACAAGUGUGGAUGGUGAUGAGACUACUCCAGGAACACCUAAAAACAACAAAUAAAGUUUUGAAUCUUGUGAAA